AUGGAGGCAUGGUUUGACCGCCUGAGCGUGGAUGAGAUGGCGAUGGCGAUGGAGGAGGAGGGGCUGCUAGAGGAGGAGAGUGUACAGACAAUCAGACAAGCUGUCAGGCGACAGCUCAUCGCUCCACAAGAUGAGAGGACCCGUCGAGCCCUCCUCCUGCACUACGCUAACAAGAAGAGCGAGAGAGAGAUGGCAAGAGGAGGGACUGCUGCUGCUGCUGCUGCUGCUGCUGCCCGUCUAGAUGCCCGCAUGGAUCAAGGUCUGGCAGGGAUGAAGGAAAAGGACGCGUGGUUGGGCAUAGGGCGACGGCAGAGCGAUGGGGUAGCGGAGAGCAAGAUGAGACUCUACUUCAUGAAGGAUGGCUUUGAAUCCGCUCAAAGAACAAGAAGUAGAGGGCAGGAGAGCAAACGACGAGGGAGUGAGACGGUGAGGAGGCGGGAGGAAGCCUUCAAGUGGAAUCAAACGCUGCAAGUGCUGGAGGCAGAAGCAGAGGGAUGCAACCUCUCCGCCAAGGACUUGAACUCCAAGAUCCUCAAGCUCACGCGCGACAAGGAGGCGACACAACACGAGGGCCUGCGACGCCGACUGGACGAGAAGAUCGCGACCUUGAAGAAAAAGCUCGACAACGAGAACUACCGCAAGGUGCUUUUAACUAGGAAGCUGAUGCAGCACAAGCUCGCUGGCAAACGGCUGUCGCUGUGCGAGGGGGGAGAGCUUUACGACGAGUACACAGACUUGUCGCCGCUGGAGGCUCAGGUGGAAGAGCUGGGGAAGAGGCAGAGCCUGUUUGAAGCUGCCGCGAGAGACUCCAAGUGGGAUGCGGGUGAGGAGGAGGAGAAUGUGCGAUAG